CCUCUCUUUCCCUCUCCUCCACUCCUAGGUGGUGCACUUCUUCCACCUUUCCUCCUUUAUUCAUUUAACCUAAAACAACAACCACCAUCACCACUCUCUCUCUCUCUCAAUCCUCAUGGAAAAGAUAGAGAGAGAAACACACGACUUCAUGAACGUCGAGUCCUUCUCUCAGCUCCCCUUCAUCCGCCCCGCACCGGUCAAGGAUCAAAAAACCGGCAUCCGCCUCUUCGGCAUAGAAUUCGGCACAACCACCACCGCAGACGAAUCAGUACUCUCUGGCGACGCCACCACCCCAGAGCCACCGAAAGAAACCGACAGCGGCGGAGAUAGUAACCGAAAAUUCGAGUGUCACUACUGCUGCAGGAACUUCCCCACCUCCCAAGCCCUAGGGGGCCACCAAAACGCCCACAAGAGGGAACGGCAGCACGCCAAGAGGGCCCACCUCCACUCCACCGCGGCCUCUGCCAUGUUCCACGGAGGUUACCGCCUUGGCUCCGCCCCGGUGCCACCGCCCCUCAUGGCUAGUUACCAACACUCGUGGAAUGCUAGUAUUACUAACGGCGGCAGCAGCAUUUACGAUACUACCCCUAGGUUUUAUGGAACUAGUUACGGUUCUUCUUCUUCUUCUUCUUCAUAUAUUUCUCAUUAUCAUCAUCAUCAGCAGCAGCAGCAGCAGCAGCCCAUAAACGGGAGCCCAAUGGGUUCGUUGUGGAGGAAUAUUCCGGCAGUCCAAAGCUCGGGUGGUUUUAAUCGUGACCGUUCGUUAAUGCAUCAUCCGUUGCCCUUGUUUUCUAACGAUGCGAUGCCGUCGCAGAAGAUAAUUGGUAGCUCUGACGCUCAAAGCGUGCAGGAUCAUAUUACAAUUUUUGUGCCAGUCAAACCCCAAAGAUGUGUAAAAGGUGUAUGAAUUAGAGUUGAGGUGGAACCUCUUGCCAUGAGUCACAAGGACAGAAGUUAGCAUUGCUCUUUCAGAAGUUGGCAUAUUUAGGAACUCUCGCCUCGUGUG